UCCAUUUCCGUGUCAUAUACUUAAAUUUGGCACCCCCAAGUUUAAACAAUCUUCGACAUUUAGGUUUCCGAGACAGUUCGGAUUUAUAGGAUCCGAACAACUUCGGAAUCUGGGGAUCCGAACGUUAAUUUUUUUUCUCAUUUUAAUUUUAAGUCUCUCCAUCACUAUCCACAACCAACCACAACCAACCUCAUUACUCUCAUCCAACCACAGCCAACCUAAUUACUAUCAACCACCAACAACAACCAACCCCAUUACUCCUUCAUCUAUAAAUUUGCUUGAUUUAAGCUUUCUUGUAUUCAUCCUCUCCUUUCAUUCUUUCAACGAAACCUUCAAAAUCAAAAUGGAACAAGAUUUGCCCACCUUCAUCCGCCCUUGCAAACUCCGAGGCAACUCUUCUGCAAGUUCUCGUCCUCUCAUUCCCGGCCCUGCUGGUGUUGUCCAGGCCGCCAUGAUUCAACGCAGCUCCACCACCGACGGACACCUCAUUCCAACCCAACAAUUUGUUAGGCGCGUCGUCGAAGACGGUCACGACACUGAUCCCGAUUUUCACUCCAAUGCUUGGCUUUCAGCCCUGCAAUUAGGCGGAUCUGCAACUCCUCUGGGUUCAAUCACUCACCAUCUAGAAAGGGUCGAUCUCAUCGUCGCAGUUAUCAAAUCAUGCACGCCAAACGGAUUCGGCGAUGUGUCAGUUACCCUGAAGGUAUUUCCAUCUUCCGCGUUCUUUUUCAUCAAUGUCAUGGUAUUUAAAUGUCCUCUGUCAAUGCCAUAUGGGUUUGAGUUGCAGGAUCCUACGGGCACUGUCGGUGCUAGUGUCCAUCACAAGGUUUUCACUGAAAGCGAAUUCGCGAAGGACAUAAAUGUUGGAUCUGUUAUGCUUAUCCAGAAGGUAGCUGUGUUUUCUCCUAGAAAAUCUAAUUGUUACCUGAACAUAACAUUGCCCAACAUAGUUAAGGUAUUCUCCAGUGACUGUGGACCUCCAUCUGAAACAUUCACCGACAUUACAGAAGAUUGAUUAAUGUUAUUUGGCUAAUUUUGAAUUAUUUGCAACUUUAAAAAAUCCUUGACCUGGAUUAUGUAGGCUAUGUUGCGUCCCUUGAAUUAUGUACGUUAUUUUGCUUCAAUUGGAUUAUGUGCGUUAUUUCACUUCCCAUUGGAUUUUGUUUGUUAUUUUACCUGAUUUAAAAAGAGAUAAAAAUGUAAUCAAAUCAAGUAAAGCGUGAUAAUGUGAAAUCCAAACUAAUAAUGCGAUAAAAGUACAGACCGAUAAUAAAGCGUGUAUAAACUAAUAAUGCGAUAAAAGUACACAUAAUAAUAAUGUCACUGCCCCCUGCCCCUACGACCCACCCUACCCCUACGACCUCUGCCUCCGCCUCU